CCUAGGACUAAGCAGGAAGUCGCUCUACUCAUUGAAACCGCUUCAUGUGGCAAUCUGCUUCCAAAAUACAAAAGCGCCUGGUACUCCUUUGGGUUUGUUUGCACGACGAAUGAAGAAGACGAGCGACGACUUGCAGGCCUCUACGCUGUCCUCAUAGGGGAAACAUACACUCCAGAAAGUUUCCAUGAGCUCCAAAACGCCCUAGAGACGUGCAAUCUAGCAAUUCUAUUCGAUACAAAGGGAUAUGGAAACUUCCGUGAACUUUCUACCCACUUGGAAACUUUCCUCGUUGCCCCACGCGAACAGCGCCCCACAGUAUGGCGUUUGAAGCAGUUCAUUCAUGACGCCGAUAGCACGGAUCCACCAGCUUGCCUUCAACGCGACUACGGCUUUAAGUACUGCAAGCAAAGGGACGAAGUUAUGUGUCUUAAGUUCAUCUACAGCAAGAUGCUUGAGAAGAUGGAAGUAAUGGAGUUACAUAGUGCUUGCGUACAUGGCAGGCUAUACGAGACUGCUAUACGCAUGGGAGUAUCUAUUCGUACCAAGGAUGAAAGGCUCAUGAAGAACGACUAUCCUUCGCCUUUUAUUGGGUUUGACAACACUUCUGGACUUGAGAAUUAUCGGAAACCGUUGUUCAAGAAGCAGCAGAAG